CCCUUUCCAUCAUCUUGUGGCUAACACGAGGUACUCGGGCUUAUGGGCGAUAAUGUUAAAAAAUUAGCUCGCCUGAAGAUCCUCCUCAAACGUCAUAUGAUCAACAUCGACGCAUUGCUUGAUUCAUUAACAGUGUGUGGCCUAAUUACAUUGCAAGAAGAACGGGAAGUGAGAACGAUUGGAAAGAAAACUGAUCAGAUCAACAAACUUAUCUUCAUCCUCAGUGAAAGUAACCUCCAGUCAAACUUCGAUAAACUUGUCGAGAUUCUAAAGGAAAUAGGAAGAAGUGAUAUCACAGAAGAACUUGAAAAUGACUCCAACGCACCGAAAGAUCCUGGCGGCGGUCCCACGGAAAACACUAGGAAUGAUAGCAUAAUUCAUCAAAUAUCCUCAGAGACAUGUGAGCAAACGGAACCACUAUGUGAAAUCAUUCAAGAGUAUUGGGAUCAAAUGAUCUCCUGCUUGAAUGUUCAAGGGGUCUUUACGCAUCUCGUGAAGUCUGGAGUGCUUCAAAACCGGGAUGAGAAAGAAAUCAAUACCCCUCAGAAGGAGGAGGAGAAGAGAGUAAUUCUUCUGAUGAAAAUACUGACAAAAAUUGAUUUCAGCAAAUUUGAAAAGUUCCUAGAGGCACUAGCAGCUUCUGGGCAAAAAGAUUUGUCAGAACUGCUUUCGUUACAAUCGAGGAGGCGACAACCUGAUCCCUCAAGCGUCCUUGGGAGCGGAUGUUCCAUUCGCCCGUUGAACGACAUCGUUGAUGGCAAUUGUUCCGAGCCGCUGGCCAUCUGCAGCAGCCAGCACCUGUAUGAUGGUGAUCAUGGUGUCAUUUCUCAUGAGGAGUCUGAACAGAAUUCAGAAUAUCAUGAGCAUGCUGAUAAUCACGAUCAACUUAGACGAAACCUGUAUGCCAUCGUAUCCAAAGCCCUUCCGCAGCAGGAUCCGAAGAUACUCAAGGAUCUUAUUCGUCAUCUUAUGGAUGAAGAAGGUGUAAGUGCUGUAGAAAAUCUCCCACAUGUGGAACUGCAGACACUCACUCGAUUCUUGAAGACUGUUCCAGCGAAAAUUCUCCACAAAGCCUUCCAAGACCCAAUUGCAGGUGAAAUGCAGCGAUACGAGUCAUGA